AUGUCCACACCUUCAAGACAUUCUAUAGAUGAUUCUGAAAGGACAGUUGUUUUUGCAAACAAUUCAACUGAAAUUAUUAUAAAUGACCAAGAAAAAAGACUAGUACAAAAGCUUGAUAUAAGAAUUCUUCCUUUACUUACGCUUCUUUAUACUCUCAGCUUUUUGGAUAGGGUUAAUAUUGGAAACGCGAAACUAGCCAAUUUGGAAAGAGAUCUUAAUUUAACUGGGAAUGAAUAUAAUUGGUCUUUAGGCAUAUUCUUUUUAGGCUAUGUAAUAUUCGAAGUGCCAUCUAAUAUCAUUUUAAUCAAGACCAAACCUUCAAUUUGGAUUUCAACGCUUAUGGUCAUGUGGGGUGCCAUAAUGAUAGGUAUGGCAUUCGUAAAAAAUUUUUCUCAAUUGAUGGCCACAAGAUUUUUAUUGGGUGCUUUUGAAUCUGGCCUUUUUCCUGGUGUCAUCUUUUAUAUUACAAAAUGGUAUAAGAAAUCCGAACGAAAUUAUCGAAUUAGUUUAUUUUUUGCUGGUGCCACAAUUGCUGGUGCAUUUAAUGGUCUUUUAGCAUUUUCGAUCACAAAUUUAAAUGGUAAACUUGGUUUAAAUGGUUGGCAAUGGUUAUUCAUUAUUGAUGGAGUGGUGACAGUUUUAGUCGCGUCUGCCUCUUUCUUUUUAAUCACUGAUUAUGCGGAGACCGCUACUUGGCUUACAGAAGACGAGCGAAAGCUGGCCGUUGACCGAUUACGAUCUGAUACGGGGCAUGUCCAUACCACUCAUUUCGAUAAACAUCAAAUUUUCCAAGCUUUUAAAGAUUUGAAAAUCUACAUAUUCAUGUUUUUAUAUUUUUGUUUGCUUGUUACUUUAUAUUCUUUCUCUUUUUUCAUUCCAACAAUCGUAAAUGGUCUAGGAUUUGAUACUGUUAUUUCUCAACUUCUUUCCACUCCUCCAUUUAUCUUUGGAUGUAUUUCAUCUGUCACGAUAGCAAAAUUAUCUGAUCAUUAUGGAAUUCGUAGUCCAUAUUUGAUAUCUGGUUUAUUAAUAUCGAUAAUUGGAUACACAUUACUCAUUAUACAUAGCAACAGUAUUGCUUUGAAAUAUACUGGUGUUUGUAUUGUUGGAUUGGGUAUAUUUGCAUGUAUCCCUAUAUCACUUACAUGGUUAACGAAUAACCUAGCAGGUGACUCAAAAUGUGCCGUAGGAAGUGCGAUGGUGAUAGCCUGGGGUAAUAUUGGUGGUGUAGUAAGUGCACAAAUAUACAAAUCUAGUGAUGCACCAACUUAUUUAACUGGUCAUUCUGUUGCGUUAUCACUUUUGGUUUUCGCCGUAAUUUUAUCAAUAAUUCAAUACUUCUUUUUAAAUAGAAUUAAUAAAUGUAAACUUAAAAAUCCUGAAAAAUUUUUAAAAGGAUCUAAUGGGGAUGAUGUUACUCAUUUGGGUGAUUCACAUCCUUCAUUUAUUUAUAGCUUGUAG